GUCCUCUCAGCUCCUCAUCACUCUUUUCUCUUCACAUACAUCUCCCUUUCUCUCCAAACUUAUUACACUCAACAUGCAGUUCAAGACUCUUGCCAUCGUCGCCGUCGCCGUUGCUGCCGCCAGCACUGUUCAGGCUCAGGGCUUUGCCAACAACUCCUGCACCCAGUGCGUUUUCGGCUCUUUCGCAAAAGAUACAACCUGCGCCAAGCUCAGCAAGGAAGACUUCACUGAGCUCACCAAUGCUUUUGCUGGUAAUAACGAGGUCAACGUCCCUGCCAUCAUCGCUGCCAUCCAGAAGCCCGACACUAAGGCUUGUGUUUGCUCCUGGUCGACAACUGCCUUCAAACCUGAUGGCACUGGCCCUGCUGGUAGCUGCUUUACCGGCACUACCCCUGCCCCUGCCUGCAAUUCCUCCCAAGUCGAUGAGGCCAAUGGUCAGCUCGCUCCCUUGGGCCCUAUUCUCAAGUGCAACGCUUCCCCCUCUGGAUCUCCAUCCGGAGGCAAGCCUUCUUCCACUGGUAACCCCGCUCCCAGCACCACUAAGCCCAGCUCUGGUGUUCAAUUGAACAUGCCCUAUGUUCUCUCGAUCGCCGCCGUUGGCCUUGCCGCCCUUGCAGGACUCUAAAUCCUCUUCUACGAACUUAUAAUAUUGUAGCUACUUGUAAUAUAAAAAAAUAAAACCUAAUUGAUCCUCAGUUGUAAAAAA